GCGGCUGACGAAGUGACGACGGAGGAGGCCAUAUUGUUUUACUGCAGUGUUUGUUUUGGUGCUGCGGUGGCCAGUCUUAAAAUCCAGUUAAAUCAGCCUGGAAACUUGUCGAAAGUCUUCGACGAGACCGCUAAACGAAAAGGGAAUACUGUGCAAUUUGUAGUACCGAUAUAUUUUCGGGAAAUAAAACGCCUUUUGUGGUUCCUCGGCGAUUUUUUGGUGUCAGUCGCGUACGAGACUGUGAAGAGUAAAAAUGGCCUGCGCCACCCUGAAGCGAUCACUCGAGUUCGACCCCGUUCACAGCCACGUAAGGCCUUCGAAGAGGCGAAGAUGCGUCCCGAUGUGCAUGUCGCCAAACACACCGCCGGCGAGGAAUCAGAACCCAUCAGCUUUCGGCGAAGUUACACAAAAAUUGACGCCUGAAAAAAUGGCUGCCAAUAUUAGAGAAGAGAUCCGCAGGCUUCACCGACGCAAGCAGCUGCAUUUCAACCCGCAAAACAACAAUGGUGGAGAUUCUUCAGAUACUGAAGGUCCCGCCAGUCCAUCGACUAGUGGGCCUAGUGCUUACAGUCAUAGCCCAAGCGGAAAAGAAAAACCACUGUUCACAUUUAGACAGGUGGGAUUGAUCUGCGAGCGGAUGCUGAAGGAACAGGAGACGCAGAUCCGAGAAGAAUAUGACCAGAUUCUCAACAUGAAGCUCUCCGAGCAGUAUGACGCAUUCGUUAAGUUCACCUAUGAUCAGAUUCAGAAGAGAUUUGAAUCUGCGGCUGCACCGAGUUAUUUGUCCUAAAGGAGAUUUGCCACUUCCACGGAUGUGUUUCUUCAAAGAACGUUAGAUUUCUAUGAUAUAAGUGAGAAAAUAAUUUUGCUUGGAGUUAUGAGGGAAGAAAUGCGCGGUGAUGUUACCUCGCUGUGGAGACGUGGGUUGAUUAAAUUUGAAAAGUAAUUUCAUUCGAAGUAUAAAAUAAACAGAUGCAACAAAAAACAUAAUUAAAUAAUUUAACAAAAAUAUCAAUAAAUAAAAACAUUUCAAAAAAGGUAAUGAGGUGUGCGUAUAUAUAUAUAUGUGUGUGUGCCCUGCCAUAUAUGUAUAUAUAUAUGCGUAUAUAGGAAAGUAAGUUAUAGAAGUAGGCUCACUUGCGGAGAGCGACCAGACUAAAAAAAAUCGACAACGUAUACUACUAAAUUAACCAUAUUUGUACCAUCCGGUUUUCAAAGUACGCUGUUAUCAGGGAAUCAAAUAGAAAAUUUACAAAGCUAAAGUAGCACAAGUAUAAAAGUAUUUGUAAAUAAAUUGCAUACAUGUGAUCUGGUAUUGAUACUACAUACACCGUGGUGGUGUGAAUUUCCUACUCUUCGAAUUUCCUGAAACCAAUUUUUGCAAAUUAAUUGUAAAGCUUCUCGAUAAGGAUCUGAUUACAUACGAUCGAUUGUAACAUCAAUUUCUCCCAACUGACCAACAACGAUUAAUAACGUACAGAAUAAGAUUGGUGGUGGUCACAGUUACUUUGAGUAUCGAUCAAUGAUGUGAAAUCUAAGGUGUAACGUGAUUUAUUGAUAUCGUCUGUCCCGAUGAAAUUUCUCUUGCAACAAUUGAUUAUGUUAUAAUCAUGUUCUAAUAUUUUUAUUUCUCUACUCUCGCAAUUACAAUAACCAGUAAAAUCUGCAUAUUUGGAUGGUGAUAUAUAGGUAUAUACGUUUUUGUAAUGCUAUGUUAUUAGGUCAAUCUCAAAAUUAUAAAGAAUGUAUUUUUUAACGAAUAUAUUCCCUUAUUUCGGGGUAUUGCAUUCAUACUUUUAUUAGAGCUUUUAAUUUGUCAUCUUGACCUUUCCCUCUUUAAACAAAAGUUUUCUGCUGGUAGAGAAAUUUUUCAUCCUUGCCUUAUUUUUUCUCUUUGAUUUUUCCUUUUUAUUGAAAUGUAUCAUUUAUAAGUGUAUUCUUAAAUUAUACGCGUUGGAAGAAGUAGAAAAUUUAUAAAAAGAACUGUGCACCAUGCUAGGGCGAAAAUUCAAAAAGAACUGAUACUGUUUUCACAUUUUGUCAUUAUUAUUAUUAUUAUUAUUAUUACUAUUACUAUUAUUGUUGUUGUUAUAAUUUUUUCCCUGACAACAGCAACUUGCCAUAGCAUAAUGAAAUUAAAUGCAGAAUAAUGAAUAUACAUACUAUUACCCAUACAUUUACUGUGCCUAUUAUUAGACAUAUUUAUUACAAUUACCCAACACUGCUAUAAUUAUUACUUAUUACUAUUCAUCGUAAUUAAAAAAAAAAGAAAAAUAAUAUUGAAAAAAAAAAAAUUAUUUUUAGUUGAUAAUGAUUCUACAUAUGCGAUGUUCGUUUUUUUUCUUUUUUACGUAUACGUACUAUUCAUAUACAUAGGUAUAAAUUAGGCGCAUAAUUUUCUCAAGAUGAAUCCGAUAAUGAUAAUUCGUCUUGGUUACCAUAUAUAUUUCUCUGCUAUUCACGCGGUUCAAAAAUUGAACGAAAGAUGAUUUCUAAGUAUCAAGGAAGAGACUUAGCAAAAGAGUAUGAGGAGUUUAUGAAAACAAUUUUUUUUUUUUUGUUGAAUGAAAAUUUAAGGAGCCGUGCUUCGUUAUUUGCCAAAUUGAAAUUCGUUAAGUUUUAUUCGUUCGAUCAACAGAUACUUGAAACUAGUUGACUGGAGAACAAAAAGUAGUUAAAUACAAUUCGUCAAUGAUAUUUGGAUUUUGGGGCAUAGUGACGACCUUGUUAUUCAAUACCAGGCAAGAAUGCCACAUCUUCUGAUCUUAUUACUGUAUUUAGUUCAAGUGAUAGCAUAGUAACUUUUGUUGAGCUAAGAAAAACUUGUGGAACGAGAAACACUGCGAUCCUUUGAAAAACGACUCGUAUUUAUCGUAGUACAACAAGGGAUUAAAUACUUGUACAAUUAUCUUAUUACUCCUGCAAGACUAUGCUGAAAACCAGAUAAACUGUCAUAGCUAUUGUAAAACCUUAGGUAAUAAAUGUAAAUUAAUGAUUGUGUAAGUCUUGAAAUCAACAAAAGUUAUUGCGCGAACUGUACGUUAUAAUAAUUUUAAUAUUAAGAAACGUAAAUAAAUAAAAAAAUGGAAGUUGUACGGAGUAUUUCGUCAAGCAGCAUAAAUAUAUCCUGAUGACAAGGAAGAAUAAGUUACAAUAUUCUGAAGAGAAAAAAAAUUAUGAAUGAUGUAUAAAUAUGGAAGGGAAAAACAAAACGAAAAAAAAAACAAAAAGAAAUACAAAUAAAUUUAGUUAGUAUAUUGAAUAAUGAAUAAUACCUAAUACUAAUGAUUAAUAAUGAUUAUAUUAAGAAGCAACGAUGAAGAAAACAGCUAAGGUAAAUUCCUUGGAAUAAAUCAGGGAAGAUUUGAUUUCAAUGAUUAAAAAUACCUCCAUAUUAAUAUUAUGUAAACACUUAUUAAUGAAAUAAAUAUAAACCUUAAGACUGAUUUUUA